AUGACUUCUCCUAGUGAAAGCCCUAUUAUGGAAACUAGGAAAAUGAAUAUGAGUCUUCUAGGGCCUAAAGCACAAAUAUUUAUAGGAGCCUGGAAUGUUCGAACCAUGUAUGAAACAUCAAAGACUGCACAGGUCAUCAAGGAAAUGCAGCAAUACAGGUUGGACAUUCUUGGUGUGAGCGAAUGUCGUUGGACUGGCUCAGGAAAGACAAGAACAAAUAGUAGAAACAUCAUCUUACACUCUGGAAACACUGACAGACAUAUUAAUGGUGUAGCAAUAAUUAUAUGCAAAGAAAAGGCAAAAACACUACUAGAAUGGGAACCAAUCAGUGAAAGAUUAGUAACAGCAAGAUUUAACUCUGACCACUAUAAACUUUCUAUCAUACAGUGUUACGCACCAACAAAUGAUGCUGAAGAUGAGACCAAGGAUGAUUUUUAUGAACAGCUGCAGACUGCCAUUUCUAAAGUACCCCAACAUGACAUGCUGGUAAUAAUGGGAGAUCUUAAAGCAAAAGUUGGCUCGGACAACACUGAUGCUGAAAAUGUAAUGGGCAGACACGGUUGCGGGGUGAAAAAUAAGAAUGGUGAACGUGCUAUCGAUCUCUGUCUUUGUAAUAAAAUGGUGAUAGGAGAGACCAUCUUUCCACAUAAAAACAUCCAUAAACUAACAUUGAAAUCACCUGAUGGAAGAACAGUUAACCAGAUUGACCACAUACUGGUGAACAACAAGUGGCGUAGAUCAUUAAGAGAUGUACGAGUACUCAGGGGUGCAGAUGUAAAUAGUGAUCACUAUCUAUUGAAAGCUACUAUCAAACUAAAACUAAGAAAGGCACCUACUGAAAACCAGAAUAGAAAGAGACUAGACACAGCAAGGUUGAAGUCACCACAUGUCAAGAAAGCUUUUUGCUUAGAAUUGAAAAACCGGUUUAGUGUGCUAGAUAACUCUGAUGAUGAAGAAGAUAGUGUACAAGAGAAGUGGGAUAACAUCAAAGAUAUUUAUGUAAAGACGGCAGAAAAAACAGUUGGUCACAAAACAAAACAGAACAAAGACUGGUUAACAUCUGACAUCUGGCAAAAAAUUGAAGAAAGAAAAACAAUAAAACAGAAAUCAGUAAAUGCAAAGUCAAAAAGGUUACAAGAUCAACUACAAGUAACAUACAGAGCAAAAGACAAAGAGGUUAAAAGAAGUGCUAGAAAAGACAAAAGACAAUAUCUGGAGGACCUAGCAAAAGAAGCAGAAAAAUCAGCCAUUCUGGGAGAGUUGAGUACAGUUUAA